AUGGAGAGUGAAACUCAGGAGGAUGAUGCCCCACAAUUUGUGGAAUCCCAACCCACAAGUCGUCCAGGCAGCAAUAUCCUUUCCUCGGUUGAAAUCAGAAAAUUGUACGAGUCCGUCGUUUCAGCCAGGUCCAGAAAAGUGCCUCUAUCUCAAAUAUCUCGUGCUCUGCACUUGCUCAGUCAAGCACCAACACAAGCCACCCUCCAAGCGAUUUACGAUACCUACACUCCCGAAAAUCUUCGAGAAGGAGAAAUCCCCUCGAUUGCAUAUGAUGAUUUUGCCAAAAUUGUGCGAGAAAACAUGAUGGAUCGCGAUGAACGUUUGACCGAACUGACAAACGCCUUCCUUUUUUUUGACAAGGAGGAGUCUGGAGUGAUCGACGCGGAACAACUGAAGACCGCUCUAUUGAGCGUUGGGGAUUGUCUGAACGAGAAAGAAUGCGUGGAAUUUUUCAAAGAAGCCAAGCCACAGGCCGACGGAAAACUGCCAUACGAUGGCGACGGAACCUUCAUCUUGAUCCUGGUCACGGCACCAAUUGUUAUAAUUCCAAAAGGCGGUGCUGGUCGAGGAUAA